UAAACCCAAUUAUAUAGAAUUUAUAUUAUAAUUAAAUAUAUUUUUCUUACAAUUUAUGGCUUGUACGCCUUAUCCCCUCCAAGGUUCCGAAAAAGACCAUGAGUGAAAUCAGGCUUAACGUUCCAAACGGCUACCUUCUUCACUACAACCCUAACUGGCGAAGAUCCGGCCAAGAUCCGGUGAAGGUGGUAUCCUUCUCCCCCUUCGUCCUCUCCUUGUUGAUAUUUGUCGUAGCUUUUCUAUUCUGCCCGGUCGGGGCCAUCACAGAAGAGUUUGCCAGGUCUGUUCUGGAAUCAAAAGAUGAGCAGAUUUCCUGUCUCCAAGCCCAUGUGGUCUCCCUCAAGCAAGAGGAAGAAGAGAGCGAGAUCUCCAGGUUGCGGGAAGAGAUUGAUCAGCUGAAAUACGGCCUUGCUCUUGUGGAGGAAGAUGCCCAGGUGCAAGAGGAAGCCUUCCCUUCCACCGCCGCUGAAUGGUCAGCCCAUCACCCUAGAAAAGUUGCCCAGGCAUUCCUUGUCAACCGGGAGUAUACAAUGGCUUUCUUCAAGACUUUGUACCAGGAGCCCUAGGGGAAGAAGAUGAUCACGGACAUCGGGUCCUAUGGCUUUGAGUGUGGUCAAAAAACUGAAAGGGUCGGUCUCUAUGCCAAACUUCAGAAGAGGGACCCCUCGUCUGACCCAACUGCCAUGAAGCUCCCGGCUCUGUACAAAGUGGAGCCUUCCCCCCAUUUCCCCUAAAGUAGGGUAGGUUAGGAUCCAUUUUCAUUCCUUCCAAGGCCAAAAGAAUGCCUGGUCUUUCUUAUGAUGUAACUUUGUCGAAACUAAUUUUCUAGAAUUCAACUUAAUCUUUACUUCCAGUGUGAUACAUUUUGUGCCUGGUUUGUCUUGUUUGAAUUCCCAUGAUAGGCUUGACUUGAUAUUCUUACCGGCUUAUGCUUAUUGAAUGAAUGUGUUGUUAUUUA